GAACUGAGGAUGAAGAGCAUGGAUGAUAAUAUCCCUGCUGUGGUUUAUCCUGAUGUCCAGGAGUCAGUGGGUCCCCUGGUGGCACCCACCCCUCUCCGUCCAUGGCCCCAGAUGACACUUCAGGUUUCUGAAGUUACAGUGACUGGCAUCUCCCCAGAGGAAGGUGAUGUCCCCAGAAGCAGUCUACCUGUGGCUUUCACAGAGGUUCCCCAGGCACCGGCCAUCAGGAUUCUCCCCUCCUCCCCUCUCUGUGGCCUAGGUGGUUCCCCCAGGGACCAGGCCUCAGGGCCCGAUACGAAUGAGGGGGCAGCGGGGCCUCUCCUGGAACCCAGCCAGCAGCAGCUGGAGGCCACAUGGGAAGUAUCCAAUGAGAAUGGAGGGGGCCGAAAGGACUCCAUGGUGGGGGCUAUUAUGGAUGAGCCCCCUGGGGGUCUGGAGGUCAUGAGUGGGUUGGAGGAGUUGCUUGGCGAGGACACCAUUGACCAGGAGCUGGAGCAACUCUACCUGUCCCACUUGAGCCGUCUGAGGGCUGCUGUGGCUGCAGGUGGGGUGGGGGGUUGUGGGGAGGGCCCCACAGAUGGGAUGGUGUCCCCCAGCCAUCCCCUAGGCAUACUAACGGACCGUGACCUGAUCUUAAAGUGGCCUGGCCCUGAGCGGGCCCUGAACAGUGCCCUGGCUGAGGAGAUCACACUGCACUAUGCCCGGCUAGGGCGUGGUGUGGAGCUCAUCAAGGACACGGAGGACCCUGAUGAGGAGGGGGAGGGCGAAGAGGGGCUCUCUGUUAUACCUUCUGGCCCAGAAGAGGACACCCCCAAGGAAUCGCUUCCGGAAAUCCUCUCUGGGACCCAUUCUGUGGUAGCCACUAUGGGAGAUGUGUGGCUUCCGUGGGCAGAGGGCUCAGGAUGUGACAACCCUGUGGUUCUGGGUACAGAGGGCCAGUUCACUGGGGAUCCAAAAAAGGGAGUGGGUAAGGACACUAACUCUUUGCACAUUAAUAGGGUGAUAGCUGGGGUGACCAGCUCCCCAGGGGAGGCCAUGACAGAAACCCUCAUGGAGUUCACCACUGAGUGGGCAGACAGCUUGGAUCCUAUAUCUAGCAAGGAGUCCACUGCUCUAGUCCUUAGGCAGGGGCAAAAUCCCAGCCUCCUCAGUCCGUUGGGGUCUGAAGCCUGUCCUUCCAGCCUAGCCAGGCCCCACGUGAGCUCCCAGGAUGAAGAGGGUUCAGGUCCAAGUCUUGAGACCCAAAAGAAGUCUAAUGCCCUAGCAGCUCCUGCAGAAUAUGUGUGUGGAUUGUCUCCCCAGCUACGGGGGCCCUUGGUCCAGACUCUGGGGGUCCUAGCUGGGCUGGUGGUGGUCCCUGUGGCUCUGAACAGUGGUGUGUCCAUUCUGGUGCUUGUGCUGUGCCUCUCUCUGGCCUGGUUCUCAUAG